CCGCCGGCGGCCUGCGGGGGCGGCGCAGUUGCGAAACUGAGUGCCUGUGUAGAUCCUCCUAGAAUACCCGUGCGGUGCUCUGUCCUUCGAGACUACCUCAUGCUCAACUCUGGCUUGGAGACUCCAGCGUGGUAAGCUGACUACACAGACUCUGCCUUCUCCAUCCAUGUUCCUGUAGCCUGAGACAUGACCUGACACCCUGAUGACCACUCUCAGGGCCCUUGUGUGACUGGCCGCUGCACCAUGGAACUUAAAGUAUGGGUGGAUGGAGUUCAGAGGAUUGUUUGUGGGGUCACCGAAGUCACAACUUGCCAGGAGGUUGUAAUAGCCUUAGCUCAGGCGAUAGGUCGAACUGGAAGGUACACCCUUAUAGAAAAAUGGAGAGAUACUGAAAGACACUUAGCACCUCAUGAAAACCCUAUCAUAUCCUUAAACAAAUGGGGGCAGUAUGCUAGCGACGUACAGCUAAUCCUGCGUCGGACAGGGCCGUCCCUUGGUGAGCGGCCCACCUCAGACAGUGUGGCUCGGAUUCCUGAAAGAACUUUGUACAGGCAGAGUCUGCCCCCCUUAGCUAAACUGAGGCCUCAGAUUGACAAAUCAAUCAAAAGGAGAGAACCUAAAAGGAAAUCACUAACAUUUACAGGAGGUGCCAAAGGAUUAAUGGACAUUUUCGGAAAAGGUAAAGAAACUGAGUUUAAGCAAAAGGUGCUAAAUAAUUGCAAAACGACAGCAGAUGAGUUGAAGAAGCUGAUCCGUUUGCAGACAGAGAAGCUUCAAUCCAUUGAGAAACAGCUGGAGUCUAAUGAAAUAGAAAUACGAUUUUGGGAGCAAAAAUAUAAUUCCAACCUUGAAGAGGAAAUUGUUCGUCUGGAGCAAAAGAUCAAAAGAAAUGAUGUAGAAAUUGAGGAGGAGGAAUUUUGGGAAAAUGAAUUACAGAUUGAACAGGAAAAUGAAAAGCAGCUGAAGGAUCAACUUCAAGAAAUAAGACAGAAAAUAACAGAAUGUGAAAGCAAAUUAAAGGACUAUUUGGCACAGAUCCAGACCAUGGAAAGUGGUCUUGAAGCAGAAAAAUUGCAGCGGGAGGUUCAGGAGGCACAAGUCAAUGAGGAAGAGGUUAAAGGAAAGAUCGGGAAGGUCAAAGGGGAAAUUGACAUCCAAGGUCAGCAGAGUCUGAGGUUGGAAAAUGGCAUUAAAGCUGUGGAAAGAUCUCUUGGACAAGCCACCAAACGAUUACAGGACAAAGAACAAGAACUGGAGCAGUUGACUAAAGAGCUGCGGCAAGUCAAUCUCCAGCAAUUCAUCCAGCAAACAGGGACAAAAGUUACCGUUUUGCCAGCAGAGCCCAUUGAAAUAGAGGCCUCACAUGCGGACAUAGAAAGGGAGGUGCCAUUCCAGUCCGGGUCCCUGAAGCGACCUGGUUCAUCUCGGCAGCUCCCCAGUAAUCUUCGCAUUCUACAGAAUCCUGUCUCAUCUGGUUUUAACCCUGAAGGCAUAUACGUAUAACGUUGUCUGUCUUUACGGGGGAGACCCAAUAAAGGUACCAAGGACAGUAGAAUUCUCUCUUUGAUUUGUGCCAAUGACGAACAGAGGGUGUAUUUCACAAGCCACCGUGUCUUUUUUCUCUCCUAAAUCGCAUACCACUUGGAGCCAUACCCUGUGCACUGAUGCUAAAGAACAAAGAAACUGUGUUUUCACACAUCAACAGUGUUGAUAUUUUUGUCCAGCAGCUGUAAUGCAAAGCCUUCAUUUUUAUUUGUAGCAUUUUGUGAGCAUUAUCAGUGUCAUACUAUGUGUAUACAUAAGUAAACCGUG